AUGCAAAUUGAACGAGUUCGAAUCUGUUCUAAGGGUGCUGGUGCUGGCUUUCAGCUCCCGUGGAUCCUUAGUGAAAACUUCAAUAAACUUUUCUUUUUCUCUCCAGACAAAGAGCAGCAGGAAGCAAUUGAACAUAUUGAUGAAGUACAGAAUGAAAUAGACAGACUGAAUGAACAAGCCAGUGAGGAGAUUUUGAAAGUAGAACAGAAAUACAACAAACUCCGCCAACCAUUCUUCCAGAAGAGGUCAGAAUUGAUCGCCAAAAUCCCCAACUUUUGGGUAACAACAUUUGUCAACCACCCACAAGUAUCUGCACUGCUGGGGGAAGAAGAUGAAGAAGCACUGCAUUAUUUGAUCAGAGUUGAGGUGACGGAGUUUGAGGACAUCAAAUCAGGUUACAGAAUAGAUUUUUAUUUUGAUGAGAAUCCAUAUUUUGAAAACAAGAUGCUCUCCAAAGAGUUUCAUCUGAAUGAAAGCGGAGACCCGUCAUCCAAAUCCAGUGAAAUCAAAUGGAAAUCUGGGAAGGAUCUGACAAAGCGCUCCAGCCAGACGCAGAACAAGGCCAGCAGAAAGAGGCAGCAUGAAGAGCCGGAAAGCUUCUUCACUUGGUUCACCGACCACUCUGACGCAGGAGCCGACGAAUUGGGGGAGGUCAUCAAGGAUGACAUUUGGCCGAAUCCAUUGCAGUACUACUUGGUACCUGACAUGGAUGACGAAGAAGGUGAGGGAGAAGAGGAUGACGACGACGACGAAGAGGAGGAGGGCUUGGAGGACAUUGAUGAGGAAGGUGAUGAAGAUGAGGGUGAGGAAGAUGAAGAUGAUGAUGAGGGAGAAGAAGGAGAGGAGGAUGAAGGAGAAGAUGACUGAACACUGACAGAUUCCAACCACGGUCUAUCCCUCCUUUUCCCUCCACCAGUCCCUGGGAGCAAAUUGCUGUCUUAUCCCCCCCCUUCCCUCCCCCCGCCCACCCUUUUGUGCUCAGUCGCAUUGUUCUCCUGAGGUCUUUUUUCCUCUCCUCUUCACCAUGGUUCACAAAUAAUUUUGGAGAAAAUAUCUUGAGCAGAAUACAGUGGAAGAGAAUCUCGACCCAUUUUCAAUUUUUUUUAUCCCUGUUUUGAAACAAAAAACAAACUGUCAAUGACAUCAACACACUGUGUUCUGUGGGGAAGAACGAGAGCCUUCUGCUCCUGUCACUCUGCUGGAAGCUGAGGAAUGCUAGGCCCCCUGUGUGGUAGUGCAUAGAAUCUAGCUUUUUCCUUCUUUCUCUGUAUAUUGGGUUCAGAGAUUACACUGUGUCUCUAUGUGAAUAUGGACAGUUAGCAUUUACCAACAUGUAUCUGUCUAUUUCUCUUGUUUAAAAAAAAACGAAAAAGCUAAAAAAAAUGGGGGGGUUAUAGACAGGGUAAGCAAGGGUGGGUUUCAGAUGUUGGGGUGGGUUAAAUGGGCAUUUUGACAAAACAUGGCUUCUUCUCCUUUUGGCAUGUUUAAUCGUGAUGUUUAACAAACAUCUUUGCAGUUGAAGAUGACACUUUAAAACAAAAAAUAAUAAUAAAUUCUCUCCUAAUGAUUACAGUUGAGCCCUUCCACUUGAUGGAGAAUCAGCAGAACCUGUAGGAUCUUAUUUGGAAUUUACAUUCUCUACUGUAAUUUUGUUCCUUGUUUUGGGUUUUUUUUUUCCAACUUUAUUUUUUUUUUUUUUUGUUUCACUGGAAAAAGAAAGAUGCUCAGUUUUAAACGUUAAAAGUGUACAAGUUGCUUUGUUACAAUAAAACUUAAUGUGUACACAAGGGGGCUGAUAGUCUUCACUGACAAAGCAUGCUUUCGCCCCGUCCCAUUUAGUUUGAUUUUUCAGCGUACAACUUAGAAUCACUAAGGCAAAAUGCACCACAAGGGACACAAAGCAAAAAUGUGGGUUGUACAAAGUCACCCCUCGGGGGUUUUUUUCCCUGUGAGUUGUGGCCGGCUGUUCCCCCAGGGCGGAAAAACAUGGCAGUCCCCACCUAAACUGAUAACCAAACUACAGGGAGCUGAUGUGGCUGGUUUUCCAGGCAAGCGUGCGGGGCCAGGGAGACGGGUGCUGGAUCUCCAAAGGCUUUGAGAUCUAGAGCGAUGCUUUGAAAAUGAACUCAAUGUAGGAAGAAUUAUGUAACUUCAUCUGUUGGUAUCAAUAAAGAUCAUCACUGGAUUGGU